AUGAAGCAUCCGUUCUUCGUGCGUCGCCCCGAGUCGUCGCGGGGCCUGGCCGGCGGCUCGCUGGUACUGGUCUGUGACGUAUCCGGCGUGCCCCGGCCUCGUGUCCACUGGCGACGGCUAGACGGGGCCCUGCCCGUCGGUAGGCUCCACUACACAGAGGAGAACAGUAUGCGGAUUGACCACCUGCGGAGCUCGGACGCCGGUCUCUACAUCUGUGAGGCGGAGAACGGCGUGGGUCGGGUCACUGCGAACGUCACGGUCACCAUACAGGAUGCCAGAAGAACAACAAAUACGGGCAAUCGAUGA